UGAAGACCGUGAAAAGUCUAAUAAAGUUAAUUUUAGUAUGGAGAGAAAAUAAAAAUUCAAAAUUUAUAUAAUUUGACUCUCUAAAUAAAAUGAGUAUAAUAAAAUGCCCCUCCUAUCCAAAAUUCCAAAUGUGUGGUUGAUGUAAGAGGCUAAAUUACCUUAUCCAAAUCUUUAAUCUACGUUUCUUCUCCGGCCAUCUUUCUUCAGAAUUAGCACCUCCGAUCUCAUACUCAGACCCUGCAAAAGCACAUGGCCACUUCAUCACUUUCACCCAUCACUCAUUCUCGGAUAUGGUCGACCAAGAACGGCGCUUUCUCUGCCUCCCAAGCAGUGACGGCGAGAUCCGGCAAGUUCGGCGGCCGGAGGAAGAAGGGGUUGAGAGUCACGGCCAUGGCCACCAGUAUUCCGGCCAACGAUAGAGUGCCGGAUAUGGGUAAGAGGAAAUUCAUGAACUUGCUUCUUUUAGGUGCCGUUUCUCUCCCUACUGCUGCGAUGGUUGUACCUUAUGCUCUCUUCUUUGUACCUCCCAGGUCAGGAGGCGGAGGCGGUGGCACCCUUGCAAAGGAUGCUGCAGGGAAUGACGUUGUUGCUUCUGUGUGGCUAAAGAACCAUGGGCCUGGGAAUCGAACCCUCACUCAAGGGUUGAAGGGAGACCCGACUUACCUUGUCGUGGAGGACGACGGGAGUUUAGCAACAUAUGGCAUCAAUGCAGUGUGCACACACCUUGGCUGUGUGGUGCCAUGGAAUGCAGCUGAGAACAAGUUCAUGUGUCCCUGCCAUGGCUCUCAAUACAACAACCAAGGGAAAGUCGUUAGGGGACCCGCUCCUUUGUCGUUGGCCUUGGCUCAUGCAAACGUCAAUGAUGAUGAUAAGGUUGUGUUUGUUCCCUGGGUUGAGACUGAUUUCAGGACCGGCGAAGCCCCGUGGUGGGAGGCAUAAACGCCUUUUCACCCUACAAAUUGCUCUCUUGUAGUAAUUGUCAUUGCUCUUUGGAGCAAGCCAUUCUCUUCAAAGUUAAUGCCACACUUGUACUAUUUAUAGUAGUAUAUAUAGUAUGAUCAUUGUGCUAUUGUAUAAUUCUUUAUGAGCAAGGUUUAAGAAAAAGGGCAUGGCUUU